AUGCAACAGCAAGUCCAGUCAAUCCUCAGCGACCUGGACGGAGCUGUUCGCUAUAUCGAAGAAGGUGCCGAUGUUCAUCCCAACCGCAUUGACCUCGCAAAUGGAGCGAAACCAUCCGCAGCCCAAUCAUCAACACCGAAUCCUUUCUCACAAGCUUCAUCAGCGUCAGUAUCGCAAACUGCAUCAAAUCCGUUCAUGAAGGCUGCGACGGCACCAACUUCAGCAUUUGGCCAGGCGUCCACUCCAGGAUCCACCUCCGCAUUUGGCCAGGCUUCUACCCCUGGGUCAACGUCCGCCUUUGGCCAGGCCUCCACACCAGGAUUCGGUCGACCUGCUUUUGGACAGCCUGCGAAUCCAGCUCAAACGACCUCUGCAUUUGGCCAGCCUUCGAACCCAGGCCAGGCUGCCCCUGGCUUUGGUGCAGCCUCCAGUCUCGGAGCGAAAACAUCGGCUUUCGGUCAGACAUCUGCAAUGGGUGCUGGUGGUGCGUUCGGUAAACCAGCUUUUGGUGCAUCUGGAUUUGGCCAAGCAUCGAUGCCAGGUGUUGGUAGCGCUCUAGGGCAGAAGCCAGCCUUUGGACAGGCGUCUGCACCAGCUGCGGCAACUGGAUUUGGUCAGCCAAGUGCUGUGGGACAGCAAGGGAAUGCGUUUGGCAAACCAGCCUUCGGACAAAGUGCCUUUGGGCAGACAUCACAGCCAGCUGCAGGGUCCUCACCCUUUGCACAGGCAGCUCAGUCGAGCGCUUCUCCGUUUGGUGGUCAGUCAGCCUCGACAUCAUCACCAUUUGCACAGCAGCCAGCCUCCACAACAUUGCCAUUCGGUCAGCAACCACCUGCCCAGGCAUCGCCCUUCGGCCAACAAGCACCAGUGAAGGCCUCACCGUUCGGCCAACAAGCACCAGUGAAGGCCUCACCGUUCGGCCAACAAGCACCAGCUCAAGCCUCGCCUUUUGGGCAACAACCCCAGCCGACGCAGUCAGCAAGUCCAUUUGGUUCAAACCAAACCCAGCAAACAACAGCCCAGGCCAAUCCGUUUGCUUCUUCUGCAUCGCAGCAGACCAGUGCAUUUGGCAAGCCUAGCCAGCCAGCCUCUGGCACGUCACCUUUCGGUGCACCACAAGCUCAGGCUGCAUCUACACCAGCUGCAAAUCCCUUCCUACAGAAGCCAGCGGCAACGACACCAUCUGCUUUUACUAGUUCACCAGCCCCAGCUGCUUCACCUUUUGCACAGAUGUCCACGCAGCCCCAGCAACAAGCUCAACCGGCAGCUCCAUCUGGCGCAGCUAAGGAGAUUGAUCCCAAGGAUCGUUUCAAGGAAGGAAAGCCCGAGGAGUACGAGGGCGAGCAAGGUCGAAUCUUGGAGGAGAUUUAUAGGCGUGUUGGUCAACUGGGACGUUUCAACGAUGACGAGGAAGUCCCACUGACGCCGCCGAAGUGCGAGUGGAUCAUGCCGAUUCCGAUACAGUCUUGA